AUCAAGCGACGUCCAUUUUGUAAACAUUACAACAGCUCGACUGGCGUUGUCAAUGCGAAUAUGGAUAAUCUCGUCAAAGUGCAUGGUGGUGGUGCCAACUACGAUUCAGAUUUCAGUGACGAUGAGACACAAGGAGAGACCUCAGAAAGCAGACUUAAAAGGAAACAUGAAGAGGAAAUUUUACAGAAGCCAUUCGGGAAAGAUCGACACUCUCAGGUGGCUCACCGCACCUUUCACUCCAAUGAACUGGACAGAGAGGAAGCCAGGAAUAGAAGAGCCCACUUGAUAUCACUGACUGCUUUUGAGCGACAUAAGAAGUUUGUCGGCGACUACAUACUUUAUUAUGGAGGACAUAUGGCCGACUUCAAACGCUCCGUAGCCAAAGACAAAACAGACUCAGAUGUUCUACGUGAGAAUCAUCGUUUCCUCUGGAGGGACGAAGAUGAAGAGGACAUGACGUGGGAGAAGGAAUUGGCGAAGAAGUAUUACGACAAGCUGUUUAAGGAGUACUGCAUAGCUGAUCUCAGUCGAUACAAAGAAAACAAGUUUGGAUUCCGCUGGAGGACAGACAGCGAGGUUGUCUCGGGCAAAGGUCAGUUCCAGUGUGGGAACAGACGCUGCGAGAAGCAGGAAGGCCUAAAAAGCUGGGAGGUGAAUUUUGCCUAUGUGGAACAGGGCGAGAAGAGGAAUGCGUUGGUCAAACUGCGUCUUUGCCCGGAAUGUUCUUUCAAACUCAACUACCACCACAAACGGAAAGAGGUGAAAGCACAGAAGAUGUUAAGGAAAGUACCAGAAGAGAACCAGGAGCCAUCGCAGAAAAAGACAAAGAAGAAAUCAUUGUCACGCUCCAAGAAGCACAAACACCGGAGGCACAGGGAACGAUCCAGCUCCUCCAGCAGCUCGGAGGAGUCGCAGGGCAAAGAUGACUUGCUUCCAAUAAAUGCCUACAUUGGCAGAAUCUCAACCAGAGGACGAGCCCGAGUGUCAGAGCGAGUCGGACCAUUGGCGAGGACCGGCACCGGCAGUGGAGGAAAAGUCAAGGGAGGAAGAGUUUGACGACUACUUUGAAGACUUAUUUCUCUAAACGGCGACAUGGCGGGCAGCAGCGUCGCCGCAAUCAAGUAUUUUGUGUAUUUUUGACUGGUGCAUAAAUAAAACCAAUUUCAACGUCA